AUGGCGGCACUUGGCAGGCGCUCUUCCCUCCUCUCUUUCCUGGAGCGCAGUGCCUACGAAAGCCCAGCCCUUUUGGCGGAGGUCGUCGCGCUGCUGGAGGACUGGCUGACAAAAUUUGGGUAUCUGCCCCCUCCGGAUCCCGUCACAGGACAACUGCAGACACAGGAGGAGCUCACCAAGGCCAUCACUGCCAUGCAGAGGUUCGGAGGGCUCGAGGCGACGGGGGUCCUAGAUGAAGCCACGCUGGAGCUGAUGAAGACCCCUCGCUGCUCUCUGCCCGACCUCGCCACCGCAGACACCAGGAGGAAGCGAUUCGCGCAGGCUGUCACCAAGUGGAGCAAAAGGAACUUGUCUUGGAGAGUUCGCACCUUCCCAAAAGAGUCCCACCUGGGCCACGACACAGUCCGAGCCCUGAUGUACUACGCCCUGAAGGUCUGGAGUGACAUUACCCCCCUGAAUUUCCACGAAGUGGCAGGUAACAACGCCGACAUCCAGAUAGACUUCUCCAAGGCAGAUCACAAUGAUGGCUAUCCCUUUGAUGGACCUGGGGGGACAGUGGCACAUGCUUUCUUCCCUGGAGACCAUCACACGGCAGGAGACACUCAUUUUGACGAUGAUGAGUAUUGGACCUUCCGAUCGUCAGAUGCUCAUGGCAUGGACCUAUUUGCUGUAGCCAUCCAUGAGUUUGGCCAUGCCAUUGGCUUGACCCAUAUCGCUGCCAUAGAGUCUAUCAUGAGACCCUACUACCAAGGUCCAGUGGGGGAUCCUCUGAAGUAUGACCUCCCUUACGAGGACAAAGUCCGAAUCUGGCAACUCUACGGAGUCAGGGAAUCUGUGUCCCCCACAGCCAAACCUGAAGUAAGCAAAACUGAUGACCAUCCUAUCCUGCCAGAGCUGCCGGAGAACCGCUCCACUGUCCCGCUCAGGCGGGAUGUGCCCAACAGAUGCAACACUCACUUUGACGCGGUGGCCCAGAUCCGGGGGGAGGCUUUCUUCUUCAAAGGCAAGUACUUCUGGAGACUGACUCGCAAUAAGCACUUGGUCUCCCUCCAGCCGGCUCAGAUCCACCGUUUCUGGCGGGGCUUGCCGCUCAACCUGGACAGCCUGGACGCCGUCUACGAGAGAACCAGCGACCACAAGAUCGUCUUCUUCAAAGGGGACAGGUACUGGGUCUUCAAAGACAAUAACGUGGAGGAAGGAUACCCACGGCCGAUCUCGGACUUUGGUCUGCCGCCGGGAGGAAUCGACGCCGCUUUCUCCUGGGCCCACAAUGACAAGACUUAUUUCUUUAAGGACAAUCUCUACUGGCGCUACGAUGACCACGAGCGGAGAAUGGAUCCCGGGUACCCUUCAGAGACCAACCCGUGGAAGGGAAUACCGAGCCCUUUAGAUGAUGCCAUGAGGUGGUCAGAUGGUGCAAGUUACUUCUUCAGGGGCAAGGAGUACUGGAAAGUGCUGGACAGUGACCUGGAGGCCCAGCCUGGUUACCCCCAGUCCAUCGCUAGAGACUGGCUAGUGUGCAGCGACAUGCAGUCCGACUCCCCGGAAGCCGGCGGGAGCAGCAGGACCGGGGCACGCUCCAAGCCGGGGCAGCACGAUGAGAGCCGCUCAGAAAACGGCUACGAGGUCUGCUCCUGCACCUCGGCCUCCCCGGCCCUCCAGGCUUGCCCUGUGCUCAGACUGGCAGCCGGGCUCGUGCUGGCGAGCGCGUGGACAGCAGCGCUGAUGUCUGCAGCCCUAUGA